AUUGCAACGAUAAUCUUGAAAAAAUGCUUCGAACUAUUCGUAAUAUCGAACAAUUAUCAAACAUUCAGCAAGACAUACAAAAAAUAGGAGUUGGCUCAUCUAGAGGUAUCUGUGGAGAACUAUUUCUCGCUCAUCUUGAAGACUUUUUUAAAGGUGAUAUUAGUGAGUUAUUAAUGGGAUUAUUGGAUAUGACUCCAAAAGAAUACGAACAGUUUUGGCAGCAAUGUAAAGCCGAGUGUAUUGAAUUGGGAACUGAAUUUCCGAUUAUGAGAGCAUGUGGACAGAAGAUUAUCAUUUGA